AUGGAGCCAUAUUUUGCUGGUUUUAAGCACGUGCAGCAGGACUAUGAAGUCACUCUAGAACUCGCAAGUGAGGAGACUCAAAAAACUAAAAAUGCACAAAAUUCUAGGACAGGGUCUUAUGGUGUCAGUAUUAGAGUCCAAGGAAUUGAUGGACAUCCUUACAUAGUACUAAACAAUACAGAAGGAUGUUUGCCAGAAAAUCCUCCUCCUCCUGGAAAAGAACAGCAGGUCAUUUCUCAGACUGUAAGUAAGCCAGACAUAGACUCCAAUACUGCUUUUAAAUUGGAGGACAAGAACAGUGAACACACAAAGUUUCCUGGGACACUGCACGUGCAACCCUGUAUGCUUAAAAGCCUAAAGAUAACCAAUCUGGAUGAAAAGGAAAAUGGAAUAUCAGAUCCUAAAGAUGGAGCAAUGAAGUCCUCCAAUUUGUUGAACUUUCAAAGACAUCCUGAACUUUUACAGCCUUAUGAUCCUGAAAAAAGUAACUUGAGCUUGGAUAAUUAUCAAUCCUCUGUGUGCAGUAUAUCUAGAUCUUUUGCAGAUGAAGAUAAAAAUGAAGCGAAGCCUUGGAUUUCCUCAUCUAAAGUGGUGUCCGUACAGAAUACAAAUACAUAUCUUGCAGAGCCAACCAAAGCAAAUUCAAAAAAGAUACCUUUGAACAGGUCAGUAGAAGUGGAAGACCAAAAUAAGCAGCUGUUGGAUUGUCCCAGUAGCACAAUCAGCUCCAGUGAAGUGUGUGUUUCAGAAUCAUUUUCAUCUGCAGGAGGAUCCCCAUGUGUUAGUCCCACUGCUUAUCCAGAGCCAAGAAAGCCUAGACCAGACGUUCUUCCCUUCCGCAGACAAGAUUCAGCUGGGCCAGUAUUGGAUGACUCACGAAGAUCAUCAUCCUCAUCAGCUACUCCCACUUCUGCAAAUUCCUUAUACAGAUUUUUACUUGAUGACCAAGAGUAUGCCAUCUAUGCAGACAACGUUAAUCGACAUGAAAAUAGAAGAUAUAUUCCUUUUUUGCCUGGAACUGGUCGUGACAUUGACACUGGUUCACUUCCAGGAGUGGAUCAGCUAAUUGAAAAGUUUGAUAAGAAAGUUGAUCCUCACAGAAGAGGUAGGUCAGGAAAAAGGAACAGAAUUAAUCCAGAUGAUCGUAAAAGAUCAAGAAGUGUUGAUAGUGCCUUGUCAGUAGGUCUUGAUGUAAAUUCAGAUCAUUUAGGUGAAUUCAGUAAAAGCAUGGGUAAGUCAACUGAGCACUUGCUGAGACCAUCUAAAGUUUGCCUUCACAAGCAGCUAUCCAGAGAUCAAAAGUCACCUUCCAAAGAGAUUAAGAUUUCUGCUCGAAGUAUUGGAAAACUGCAGACACCUGGUAAAGACGCUCAGAACAGCAACUUCAGUUCUUUGCAAUACCAUAAACAGAAUGGAGCUGAUACUGAGAGCUUGAUGUUUAGGUCAUCUACACUCCCAGGACAAAAUAAAAGAGAGGAAGUUAGAACAGUAACCUCUACUUUGUUAUUGCCAAACCGAAUCACACUUCCACCUGAUUCAGGAGCCAAGAAGAUUUCUGUAAAAACAUUUUCAUCUGUCCCUAAUAUACAGGCAACUCCUGAUCUCUUAAAAGGCCAGCAAGGUCUUGCACAGCAAACGAAUGAAGAGACUGCUAAACAGAUACUUUACAAUUACCUUAAGGAAGGAAGUGCUGAUAAUGAUGAUGCCACAAAGAGGAAAGUCAACUUGGUUUUUGAGAAAAUUCAGACUUUAAAGUCAAGAGCUGCUGGAAAGACACAGGUUUCGGAUUCUUCAGCUGAAGUAAAGGCAUUGGUGGAACAAAAAGCAGAACUUGAAAGGAAAGUGGAAGAAUUAGAGAAAAAACUGGAUCUAGAAAUUAGGAACCAGCAAAAUUCCAAAGAAGAGAGAGAUGCUACGCGAGCAAGCCUGAAAGAUCUUCAGUUGCAACUUGAGGAAAGUGUAUGUGAAAAAGAAGCCUUAAAAAAGCAGCUGGAAGAAAAUGAGAAGGAACUCAGGCAAAACCUAGAGGAGCUUUUUCAGGUGAAGAUGGAGCAGGAACAACACCAGACUGAGAUCAGAGAUCUUCAAGACCAGCUCUCUGAGAUGCAUGAUGAACUGGAUAAUGCAAAACAUACUGAUGAAGGGGAGAAAGAGGUUCUGAUUGAGGAGCUGAUGCAAAUGAAGCAGGAUCUGGAAGAAGUAUUAAUGGCAAAAGAUCAACAAGAAGAGAUUUUGAGAAAAAGAGAGAGAGAGCUUACAGCUUUAAAAGGAGCACUAAAAGAAGAAGUAUCUAGCCAUGAUGUGGAGAUGGAUAAACUUAAAGAGCAACAUGAUAAAGAAUUGCUUGAUCUACAACAGAGCCUGGAGAAAGCAACAGAGGUGAAAUAA